AUGGAAAUGAAAAAAUGCAGGAAGAAAUCGAAACGUAAACGGUCUAAAUUAAACUUAACAUUUCAAAAAAUUACAAAUGACAUACAAAAAGUAUUUUUAUCAACAUUUAAAGACGAAUUGGGCAAGUUUUCCUUUUCUAAUUGCGACUGUGGAUGUUCAAGGACUAUUAAAUCAAUUCAAUCUACUCUUAUUAAGAAUUACUUCACUAACAAGGAUCGCUGGAUUCGGUAUUCCGGCGUUUCCCUUAAAAGGAUCUCGGAACUUUCAGAUAUUUCAGAAAUUAUACUAACAAAUGGAUGUAAUGAGAAUACAAUUAAUUCACUCGACCUUCAUCUUGUCAAAUCUGACAUUUCAAGGCAACCUUGGGUCGGAAAUACUAAAUUGCGAGAUCUGGCAGAGAAAUCAAUUUACCUUUUUUGUAUAUAUAAUAACGUUCCUUACUGGCAGGGAAUACAUGAUAUCGCAGCAGCAUUGGCACACCUUGAUCCAACUCCUACAGUCGCUGAGCUUGCAGGACUUCUCGAACAGUUGAUUAAGACAUACGCAUCUAUUCUGUUUUUGCCUACUAAUGAAGAGAUUAACAAAAGAGCAGAUGGGCUUUCUAGAGUGUGGAUGCUUCUGUUUAAGUACUUCUUUCCUAAAUUUGUCCAUAGGUUUGAGAUGGUUUGUGAUAGCCCAUUUUGCAUCGGAUGGUUUGUCACGCUUGGAUUCUACAGGUUUGGAUGUGCAUAUAUCUCAUUAGCAUACACAUUUCUGCUCUUCAUAUCAAACUGUGAACCCCUUUCAGCGUUUAUUUUCCGUGAACUAGCCUACGUUGCAACCAGAGGAUACAUUAACUUCCUUAUCAAAAAUGCAGUUUCUGUUGACUUUUCUAACUCUGUGAUUUUCAACAACUACUCUAGCUCGAACCUUAUUGUUAGUACUAUUUUAAACUCAAACAAAAUAUAUUUGGACCCGGAAGAGUUCAUAAAUGUUUCGAGGAACAUGUACGACUCAAUAGGAGAAAGAGAAAUUGAACUAGCAGAAUUCCCACUAUUAUACAUUUUGAAUGCAAGUAAUAUAUUAUCAACAUCAGCACCAAAUCCACUAACAGUUGACCCGUCAAAACCAUAUCUUGAAGUUUUAGGAUACGAUGUUUUUGGAUCGAACCAUCACUAUAACACCAUUAAUUCUCAAGUAAAUCCCACUCAAUAUUACUACGAUCAACCUAUAAGUAGGAAAAGUUCCAUUGAGCCGAGUUAUUUGGGUAUGAAAAGAAUCAAUAGAGGUCUAAAGAGGACUUUUAAGAGAUUUAGAGUUGAUUCUGCAACAAUUAGUGAGUGUAUAAAUUCAGAACUUUUGUAUUGUUACCUUGAAACACUUUCAAAAAUGUCGAACCUUUACCGCCAUUCUUCUGCAAAAAUUAAUGAAAAUUAUGUCAAACUUAAUGAUUUUGAAGUAGGUUCAAUCCUAAACCCGAGCUUAUUUUAUAAUAUAAUUGAUUCCAGAAGUCAAUACUUGACUACAGGAAUCCCCCUAUCAAAGAUAUUUGGGGAAUAUAGAACUAAUUUCAUGAAUAAAGUGAGUGUUGAUGACGAGGCUGAGAGUUCAUUUUUGGACACUAACUUUACUCUAUGGAUCGUUUUGACUGAUGAAGGAUACGAAACAACUGAAGAACAAUAUUCUUGGAAUUCACUAAGAAACGGAGUUGAAAUUAUGGAAAAUCUUGUAAGAAACUCAAUUACAUGUGUUAGUAUUCUUAGUGGAGGUUAUAAAGGAAUACUAAAGGCACUUAAUUCGCCAGUACCUCAAAUCCCGUCAUUACUCUCAAGGUUAAGUGCAAGGAUGUUAUCUCCAUGGGAUACUCAAAGUAGUCCUAUCACUGGACCAUCUAGAACCACGGUUACAAAACUAGCAUCCCCAUCUAUCUCAGCAACUAAGAAUCUCCUUAAUCUCGCAAGUUCCGUCGUUAAUUCAGCUCUUGAUAUAGAAAAUAGGAUAGUUCAGGGUAUUUCAGAAGUUAAGCUAUUUAAUAGGUUCAUUCAUUCAGCAAAAACAGUUCCAGAAUAUGAAUCAGCGUCUAUUAACAAGGAGUUUCAAAAAAUAGAAAUAUCUAAAUCCGUAUCCCACACUGAUUUUGAAGGUGUUCCAAGCUACUAUAAUCGCAUUAACAUUGUUAACCCUUUGAUUUCUUGUUGUUUAUAUUCCAUAAAGUUAACCACACCUAAUGGAUUAACUGUAACAAUAAGGUCAAAUGGGACGUUAAAGUUAAAUGGGAAAUUAGUUCACAAAUCAAAAUAUUCAAAUUCUGUCGUUGAUAAAAACCUAAACGCGCUGGUUUCAAUCUCUACAAUGUUAACUGUUAAUUGUGUUGAUAGGAUUAUGGACACUGAGCCACUUGCAUAUGAUUCAUACAAGUCUAACACCUCAAUUUCCCCAUUCUUCAAAAUCAUGAGAGAAAGGUUUUUGACCAAAUUCAUGGUUUUAUUCACUCAAUCAACUGAAUUUGCUGACUCUAGAACACCGUUUCAAUUCAAUUUAUCCCCCAAAUCUUUUAGUAGGUUGGAGUUUCUUUCCAACGUGGCUGGCUUGGUUUCAAAUGUCAGGGUUCGAGGAAUUGCAAAGCUUUGGAGAAUUUAUCUUGUUGACAGAAAUGCUAUUUUAAGUCACCUUUUGUUUCCAUCCCCUAGAUUUGAUCUUGAAAACUUGAUGGAUUCUAAUGUACGAUAUUUAUCAAGCUCAUGUGAACAAGAGUUAUUUACACCACAUGAUGUCGAUUUCUCAAGAUCACCUCCCGAUUCAAGCUUUCAUAAAUUUCAAGAUUUUAGAAACAUUAAAGUGUUUUCUAGAACCAACCAGUACAGAUCUGCUUCAUCAAUUGACUCAAAUCAAUCAUCAAAUUCGCCAAGGAUUGAAACUCGAGUUUAUGUUUCCAACGGCAUCCAAAUACCAUUCAAACCCAAUUCCAAUGUGUUUGUAUCCAGAAGCUCACUAAAUAGGCGUAACAAUUCAAGAUUAAGCUAA